CUUCCUUGUAGUUGGUGCUGGUUGUUAUUGCGGCGUUUGUGAUGUCUGGUCCAACUUUAACUUUUUGGUGCGCGUUAAUGUGUGUUUACCGGGCAGAAAAGAUAGGAACUGCGACACCACCGAACAUUGUCAUUAUGCUAAUGGAUGACAUGGGUUGGGGGGACCUAGGGGUUUUGGGCCAGCCCGCUAGAGAGACCCCUUAUCUGGAUGCCAUGGCUGCACAGGGCAUGCUUCUCCCAAACUUCUACACUGCCAACCCUUUAUGUUCACCAUCCAGAGCAUCACUUCUCACCGGGAGGUUACCUGUACGAAAUGGUUUCUACACUACUAACGGUCAUGCCAGAAAUGCAUACACACCACAGGAGAUUGUGGGAGGAAUCUCUCGGGAUGAGAUCCUGUUACCUCAGAUGCUAAAAAAGAAAGGAUAUGUCAGCAAGAUAGUUGGGAAAUGGCAUCUGGGCCACAGAGCACAGUACCUCCCCCUGAAAAAUGGCUUCGACGAAUGGUUUGGUGCACCCAACUGCCAUUUUGGGCCGUAUAACAAGAGUGAGAGACCCAACAUCCCUGUCUACAACAACUCUGAGAUGGUCGGCAGAUACUAUGAAGAGUUUCAAAUCGACAAAAAAACAGGAGAAUCAAAUCUCACACAGAUUUACUUGCAGGAAGGUCUUGACUUCAUAUAUCGACAGAAUCUGGCCCAACAGCCCUUCUUCCUGUACUGGGCCGCUGACGCAACUCAUGCCCCUGUCUAUGCUUCCAGACGCUUCCUCGGGAAGAGCCAGCGGGGCCGGUAUGGUGAUGCCGUCAUGGAGCUGGACUACAGCGUUGGCCAGAUCCUGUCCAGGCUGAGGACUCUGGGUAUUGAAAAUAAUACCUUUGUUUUCUUCACUUCAGACAAUGGAGCUGCUCUUAUGUCUGGCCCAAAUGAGAGUGGCUCUAACGGGCCUUUCCUCUGUGGGAAGGAAACCACCUAUGAAGGGGGCAUGAGGGAGCCUGCCAUUGCUUGGUGGCCUGGACACAUCACAGCAGGCACGGUGAAUUUCCAGCUGUCUAGUGUAAUGGACCUGUACACCACAAGUUUAUCUCUGGCUGGCAUCAGUCCACCUGAUGAUCGAGCCCUGGAUGGAUUCGACCUGUCACCAAUCCUCCUGAAUAGCUCGCACACACUGCAAAACAGGCCAAUCUUCUAUUACCGUGGCAAUGAACUCAUGGCAGUCAGGCUUGGGCAAUAUAAGGCGCACUACUGGACCUGGACCAACUCUUGGGAUGAGUUAAACAAGGGUGUGAAUUUCUGCCCCGGUCAGGAAGUCCCAGGCGUCACCACACAUGAGCAGAAGGAGCAUACACUGCAGCCUCUCAUUUUCCACCUGGGCCGGGAUCCUGGUGAGAAGUUCCCGAUCAGUGUUUUGACAAAGGAGUACCAGGAUGUACUUGGCCGUAUCUCGCCGGUUGUGGAGCACCAUAAGAAGACGCUGGUUGCUGGCAUACCACAGCUCAACAUGUGUGACCUUGCAGUGAUGAACUGGGCUCCAGCUGGCUGUGAGAAGUUAGGAAAGUGUCUCAAAGCGCCCACAUCAUCUCCCUGGAAGUGUGAGUGGCCGCACUGAGAGAGACGGAAGCCAAACCUCAACGUGUGCCUUACUGCAGAUGUGAAUUUUUUUGAUUUGUUUUUGUUUAUUGUUUAGAUUUAGUAUUUUAAAAUUUGGAGUAUGAAGACUUACGGUGGUCCAUGAGUGAUUUUCAAAGAGUUGCAUCCUGGCAACUCGUGUCGAUAUUUCUGAGGGCAAAGUCAAAGCAUCUGUUUCAACCGCUACCAGUCAGAUUAUUUAUUUACUGGCCACCUUUAGGGGAUUAUUUUUCUAAAGAGAUUCAUAUAACCACGGACAAAAUGAGUCAAAAAUUCUCCUCCUUAACAGGUGCUUAUUGGAGAUGCUUUUGCACAUUUUUUCGAAGUUUUUAUCACCAGUGCAUUCAAAAUUACGACCCUCAUUACAGAGUCGUUACCAAUCUUGCUUAAUGCUAGUCAGAGUUUACUUUUUCAGUGGUCUACACAGUAUUUCACCGCUUCAACUUAUUUUAGCUUUUUUUUUUAUUUUUGAGAAAUGUGUCGACUUCAAAAAGAUAAGCUCAUCACCUUAAAUAAUUCAAAAUUGUAAAUGAAAUUAUUUCAAUAAAUAUUUCUUUUGAAUAUG